AUACCUUCUAUAUUAUAAAGAACUUAUUUGAAUUUAUAUGGCAUGUAUUUAUCACAUUUAUGCUAGGAGCAUUAGUGAUGAAGCAUAUGAGUGUACAAUGGAUAGGAAAUAUAUAUGUUACUCAGCAAAUUUUGUAAUACCCAGUGAAACAUUAAUUUCCGACAGCAGAAAUGAAUGUUUAAGAAGUAGGACAUAAAAUUUAAGACGUCAAACAAUUCACAAUACUAAUAAAAAUAAUCCUUGAAUUAAUAAACUACAAAAGUCCUAGGUAACAUAUGUUACAGCGUAUAUGGAUCUUAAAAUAAAACCAUUAAAGAAUGUGUAAAAACAGUUACAUCUACGGAUUACCGUGAGGAAAAGGGAACAAUCAUGAUGAAACUUAUAUUUAUAUAUCUUCUUCUCAUUGGUGAAGUACUUAGCAACGAUAGGUGCGUCAGAUUAGCGAGAAAAUUUUGCAAACGUUACUAUGUGGAGUAUGAAAAAAAUAGCCUCAUGUGCAAGAGUUACAAAGAUUUUCUUGAUUGUUUUCUUUUACAUGAUGAUAUUUGUUAUGAAAACUUUAAAACCAUGCACAAGUGUUCCCAUCCGGCAGAACAUGAAUCUAGUAGCAAAGAUAAGGCGAAAUAUGGAUCAGUAAUCAUUACUGCAUUUGUAGGUAUAUUUUUCAUGCAUAACUGAAUAGGUUGAACGCUAUCAUAAAAAAAUAUACCUGCGUUAUUUUGAGGUGGAAAUCAUGUAUCUCUGAAACAAGUCAUCAGAAGAUAUUGACCUAAACAUUUGAAAUUUUUCUUUCUAUUUUACUUCUAAUAAAUCAUGAACAUAAAUA